AAUGGCAGAAGAACUGCAAAAAGCUCAUCUCUAUUACGAUGAUAUAAAUAAAAUUAGGGUAUUAGAAUCUACAAUACUAAAAGAGACGGAAGAUGUGAGAGAUACUUGCCAAGAUUAUGAGACUAAGAUACAAGAUUUUGGUAAGAUCAUCAAUUCUCUGCUGGCCAUGCUCACGGAACUUGGCGAGAACGUAGAGAAACAGAAAAUGGCUGCGAUUGGUUCAAUGAAUCUUCUACAAUCAAUUGCUAAAGAAAGGGAAACUGAACAAGCCAAAUUACAAGCUCAGAUAAAUGAAAAAACGAUCAUUCUCGAGCAAUUGGACAGUGAAUAUGACGCCCUUCAGAUUCUCGAGGCGACACAAAUGGAAACUGUCGAAUAUUUAACGCAACUACGAUAGUCAAUAUGUAAGCACUACCUUAUAAUUAGCAAGAAAAACUAGCAAACAGUCUGUAAAAAUGUAUUUUCUUCGAAACACACGUGAAAGGAUAUUAAUGUAGUAUAAAUGGGGUUAUGAACAUAAGUAUAUAAUCCUGCUUCAUAAAUUAAUUAAACAGUCUUUCCUAGUA